CAGCGCAUUGGUCUGACGUGUGACAAAAGUGGCAGACAAUACAGACUUGGUUAUCGCAAUUUAACACAAAGUAGUUCUCUGUCUGCCAGUACCACAAGUGCACCGAGUGCUGAAAACACGCCAUGGUUGUAUCCGUCAUGUCUUGGAGAGACCAGAAGAAACUUCUUCUACGCGCCAAAGUGGACUGUUACUGGCGAAUGAAGGAAGCCGUCAAUAAAACAACACAAGGUGUCCGGCCACACAAAUGUCCGGUGAUCUGGGACGAUCUGCUGUGCUGGGACGAGGCAGCGCCAGACACGUUGAUGACUCAGCCCUGUCCGGACUACGUCAACGGGUUCAAUAAAUACGAAAAUGCCACUAAAUACUGUUCUGAAAACGGGACGUGGUUAUACAGAACGUGCAUGGGGCCGACCUGUAAAAACGACACGUGGACCAAUUUCACCAUGUGUGACCGACCCAACUUCGACCUCCAGUUUCACACAGUGACGGCUGAGAGGCUACGACUGCUAUACACUAUCGGAUACAGUAUUUCCUUGGCAGCACUGAUAAUAGCCGUCACCAUCAUGUGCUGUUGUAGACGUCUUCACUGUAAAAGCAACAGCUUGCACAUCAACCUGUUCAUCGCGUUCAUCAUGCGGGCACUGGCGUCUUUCAUCAAGGAUCUCUCCUUUGUUGGAAACGUCGGCUUCAGGUUCGACGUCAAGUACCGGUCAGACGGAACACUGGAGUUCCUGCAGCACGGACUUCACUGGGAGUGUAAGCUGCUGUUUAGCGUGUUUAACUACACUAUUAGUGCCUCCAUGAUGUGGAUUUUUAUAGAGGGCCUCUACCUCCAUAUGCUCAUAUACAGAACGCUGUCCACGGAAAGAAGAGGAGUUAAAAUGUACAUUGUAUUAGGCUGGGUUUUACCAAUUCCAUUUCUGGUUUCGUGGAUAAUAGUGAAAGCCUUACUCGAAGACACAUACUGCUGGAAUAUUCAAAUCAGGUCCGAGUAUUUCUGGAUUUUAAAGGCACCAGGUGUCGCCGUGGUCCUAAUCAAUUUCUUAUUUUUCCUGGAUAUUUUUAGAAUACUCUUUAUCAGGGCUAGAGCCAACCAAAGACACCUUGGACGAUCCAAGUACAGGAAAUUGGCCAAGUUCAUUUUGGUUUUGAUGCCGUUGUUUGGGGUGAUGUACAUAGUCUUCUUUGUUGCCUUUCCCACGGAAUUCAGACACGAAGAGUUUAACGUCGCAUAUCUCUAUAUCGAGAUGGGCUACAACUCCUUUCAGGGUUUCGUGCUAGCUGUGUUAUUUUGUUUCCUGAAUGAGGAGGUGCAUAGUGAAUUGAGAAGAAUCUGGAAGCGCCACAAAACACGACGAACGGACAUACUGACGUUUUCCAAAUCAUACGCGGGCAUAUCUUCCUACAGAAACAACUCGCCGGCCAUCCAGAUUCGCAGGACGAGACUUCUGAAGAGAUUAGGAUCCAAUUCCUCGUCUGACGUCAAUGUCGAUAAGCCUGAUUUGUACAAACAAGUGCUUUAUGCCCAGGCGUCGAAGAGAGGUCCACAGCAACAGCAGUUUACAGAUGCUGAUUCUACAGGACAGAAGUCGCCCACAGACACGUGCGCGAGAACAGUUUUUAACCAAGAUAACACUGAUAACAGAACUGGUUUUAACCAAGAUAACAUUGAUGAAAAAACUGGUUUUAACCAAGAUAACACUGAUAACAGAACUGGUUUUAACCAAGACAGCACUGAUAACAGAACUGGUUUUAACCAAGACAACACUGAGUGUGAUAAGCGACCUCUUUUUAACCAAGACAACACUGAAUGUGAUAACAGGACUGAUUUUAACCAAGACAGUACGGAACGUGAUAACAGAACUGCAGAAAACAACUUGAAAUCAAGUUCCGCAACAUCAUCAGGACAAAUUGAGCCUAGAUGCAGUGAUAGCAGUUGAUAAUGUGUAUAUAUAUAACGUAUACAUGUAUAUAAGCGCACAAUAUAUAUAUAUAUAUAUAUAUAUAUAUAUAUAUAUGCUAUAUGCAGAAAUAUGUGACAGGGCA